AUGUCCUGGGCUCAAGCCGAUGGCAAAGGACCUCGUUGGAUCGGCGACAAUCUCCCAGACCUUCCCAAGGAGCUUCAAUAUGCUCAAGACUUACCACCUAAAGUCACAGACACAUGUGUCUACUUCUUCGGCUCCGAUCGUCCGGAGCCUGAGUGUGCAUUACAGCAAUGGUAUCCUAGUCCUUUCAAGUCCGACGGAAAAGAAUUCCAUACUGCCGAGCAGUAUAUGAUGUAUCAUAAAGCUUUGCUCAUGGGCGAUGAGGAGGUCGCGGAGAAGAUUGCAAAGGCAGACACACCCGCCAAAGCCAAACAGCUUGGACGCGAAGUCAAGAAUUUCCAACAGGAUCUUUGGGACAAAAAUUGUGAUCGGGUUGUAGAGGAGGGAAGUUACUUGAAAUUUAAGCAGAAUGAGAAGUUAGGUAAGAUAUUGCUGGGGACUGGGGAUAGGCAGUUGGUUGAGACGAGUCCGAACGAUCGGAUCUGGGGGAUUGGGUUCAAUAGUGAUGAAGCGGAGGGUAAUGAGGAUAAGUGGGGAGAGAAUCGACUUGGAAAGGCUUUGGAGAGGGCGAGGGAAAGAUUGAAAAGGGAAAAGGCUUGA